CAAGCACAAGAAAAUAUAAGUAUCUAUGACUUACGUGUAAUGAUAAAAAGGGUUAGAUAUAACCGCGUUUACAUAAAUUGUAUCUUUAUACAUUACGGCAAAUGUAGCUAUUUUCAUUCCAGGUCUAACCCAUGUGGAGAAAAUUCCAGAUUGUUGGAAUCUGGAAAAUGUGAAGCUUGCGAGGCUGGUAGAUAUGGUUGUAACUGCUCUCUACUCUGUCCCAACAAUACAUUUGGUGUAGGCUGUUACUCCACAUGUAACUGUUCUGCUGAUGAGAUUUGUGAUCCCGCAACAGGAUGUACUAACAACACCAAUGUUUCCUCAUAUACAACAGAAGCUCAAGAGACGACAACAGUGCUGAGAAAUAGUGCAGCGCCAUUAGCGCCAUUAAAGCCAUUAAGGAUGUUCAUCGCUGUUAUUAUUGCCUUAACAGCCUCAUUGGUUCUAGUGGUUACACUGAGCAUUUCCUGCAUAGUUAUUGUAUUAAGACGAAACUCGAAAAAGGGGACAAAAAAAGCUACGAAAACAAAGAACAGCGAAGAGAUGUCUGAGACCGCGGAACAAAAUCCAGAUUCCCAUUCGUACCUUACCAUCAGCGAAAGAUCCUUUCGUCUGUAUGCCGAUGUUCACUAUGACGAAGCGGAGGAAAGGAAGAGCUUAACAUCAGUAUCAUUACACAGUAAGGGAUACGAUACCAGCGUCAGUGAUAAAAGUGAAGGAUCCGAUGAUUAUCUAACACCGACAGUAAAGACUGCCAAAAAAGACACAACCGGUAGUCAGUCAUCUGUAACACCGACAGUAAAAACUGCCCAAAAAGAUACAACCGGUAGUCAGUCAUCUGGCGAUUAUGACGAUACCAUCACAAAAUGUUCAGAAACCUGUAUCUGAGCAUGACGAUUAAAUACAGAUUGCUAUCAUAGAAACAUAAGGCAUGUUUGAUGUAAUUAAAGCAUGAGAUGUCUCUUUUAACUUUUACCGUUAAUUCCCAGCUCUUUCCCUUCCUACAUUUUACAGAAUUUGCGAAAUGGUGAUUUUAAACGAGACUGUUGAAACAAUGCAUUGUAACAUCAAACUAUUUGUCGUUAGUCUACCUCGAUUUAAAAAACUGUUCAUACGCAUAACAUGUUCAUAAGCAUCGAAUCAGUUGAGAGACAUAAACACCAUAUGUAGGUGAUGAUGGAAUAUUGUUAAAUAAAGAUGGUAGGUUGACGAUGGAGAAGCUGAAAUCAUCCCCUUUACCAUAAAGUUGAGUUGUUAGUUUACCGUCAAUAUCCAUGUUCAAGAACCUAAUUUUGAUGCAAUUCAUCAAAUCGGCCACUAAGAUUUUAAGAUAUUCUAAACUAGUUCCAUGAAACACGAAAAAUGUAAGAUGAAAUAUUUUAAACAAAAUCAAGAAACAAUUCGAGUACUCACUUUAAAAAACAUUAACUACUACACGAGUAACGUGUGUUCAGCAGAGGGUUGAUAUUUAUCAGUGGACACGUACCCGGUUACACCAAGGAUUUUGCAAUACAUAUUUCACAAAAAUGUUUCUUGUCUACUAAGCAAGAAAUGAAUUUAUUCAAUACAUUUACGAUGAUUACGAUGACUAUUCAACAUGGAUUUAAUUUAACAUAAUCCUUCAAUUCCUUAAAUCUAAAGUCCCGAGACAAUGGGCUUUUACCAAUGGUUCAGUCAAGUGACCUAAUGUAUCUUACCAGCUGAUGUCUCCAGCUCA